AUGAGCAUACUCCCUCCAGGUUUCAGAUUCCAUGCCACUGAUGAGGAGCUUCUGCUCCUUUACUUAAAGCCCAAGAUUCUAGGGCAGCCUGAGGAACACUACUCCAACAUAAUUCCGGAGAUCGAUGUAUGCGAAUCGGAACCAUGGCAAUUGCCCGCCAUGUUCGAUCGCAAGUUCAACAGGAAGGAGCUGUUCUUCUAUUGCCGCGUGAAGCGCAAGUAUGUGAACAGCAGGCGCUCCGACCACACGACCAGAGCCGGGCAAAGAACCAACUGGGUCAUGCAUGAGUAUCACCUAAAUUCCAAGUUUUUGGGCGGUAAUCACGCCAAAGGCGAGAUGCUACCAUAUGUGGCAUGUCGGAUCAAGAACAAGAAAGACAAGAAGCUGACGAUGGGGCAUGCUCCAGCAAUCAGCCCAGAAGUCUAUUCAAGUAGUCCUCUCACAAGCGCUAGCAAUAUGUCAAUGGGAGAAAUUAUGGAUUCACUAUGCCCAAUUCAGCGACUGGACGAUCGUUUACCAGACUACAACAACACUCCAACCUUUCAGCCACAGGUAGAAGCAGGAGCAGAGGAAGAGGAAGUAUGGUCGUCCUACUUAGAUUUCUCAUAUGACAACAACGGGAAUGAGUUCGACUAUGGACGCAUCCUAUCUCCAUGCAGCAACUCGGCAAACUUUUCCGGUUGGGCUGCGGAAAUGUUAGAGGACUUCUCCACAGCAUCCUACAAUGGUGGAGCAUGA